AUAUGCCUUCGUUUGGAUGCUGAGAAAAAAAAAUAUAUGAGAAAAUGAAAGAAAGUUUUGCAUCGUAAAUAUUUCACAUUGGCAUUUAAAACAAUAAAACAAUACAUCACUACCAUGCAAUUUAUAUUACUGAUAUUGGAAAAUAUAGAAUUAGCCAUUGUAUUCAAUCCCCAUUCCUCAAACACCAGCAACCCACCCCGCGGAGAAAGAGAGAGAGAGGAGAACCCCGUUCCUCUUCCUUUUGAACUAUUGAGCACAUGGUAACCCCUUCUUUAAUUAACUCUUGUACAUGGGGACAUUUCAUCAGGGGUAGAGUUGAACAUGUUACACACGUUCCAAUUUUAUUAUAAAAAAUCAAUAAAAGAGAGAGAGAGAGAGAGAGAGGAGAAUCCUACUUUGGCAAAAGCAGAGACCUUCCUCUGCAGCCCACACCCACACAGUGGAGACGAAGUAGAGAGAUGAGAGAUCAGCACCCAAGAUCCUCGCCAAUGGAGGACGAGUUAUCCACGAAGGUGUUGCAGCCCACCCCGUGGCGAGUCAAGAGUUCAAAUUGUGAAGUAACAAGGGAAGAGGAGGAAGAAGGCAUGGAAAACAGUAUGACAUCAAAAUCUCAAAGUAAAGCAAGAGGGCAUAUGAAGGAAUUAGAAAGACUUCAGGAAAAGGACCCAGAAUUCUAUCAAUUCUUGAAAGAGCAUGAUAAGGAGCUUCUAGCAUUUAAUGACGAGGGCAUUGAUGAAGACGAUGAAAUUGACAUGGAAGAUGACGACAUUGACAUGGAAAAUGCAGAAAUACCAGAAGAUGAUGAAGCUGAUGCAAGUGACUUGGAAAAGGUGGCUAAUAAAGCAGAAAAUGAAGAUAAAUCAUCUAAAAAUGUUAUCACGACUGAAAUGGUGGAUUCCUGGUGUAACUCAAUUCGAGAAAAUGCAAAAUUAGGUGCUAUCCGUUCGCUUAUGAGAGCUUUUAGGACUGCUUGCCACUAUGGUGAUGAUGAGCAGGAUGAGUCUUCGACAAAGUUCAAUAUCAUGUCUAGUGGUGUCUUCAACAAAAUAAUGCUAUUUGUUCUAAGUGAAAUGGAUGGAAUUCUUCGAAGUUUGUUGAAACUCCCAACUUCUGGAGGGAAGAAAGAGACCAUAAACAAUCUAAUGGGCACAAAACAAUGGAAGGACCACAACCAUUUGGUGAAGUCAUAUCUUGGAAAUGCUUUACACAUUUUGAACCAAAUGACUGAUAUGGAAAUGAUAUCAUUUACUUUACGGCGCCUCAGAUAUUCAUCGAUAUUUUUGACUGCUUUCCCAAGUCUCCUAAGGAGGUACAUUAAGGUUACACUUCAUUUUUGGGGUACAGGUGGAGGUGCCCUUCCUGUUGUCUCCUUUCUAUUUAUAAGAGACUUAUGCAUUCGCCUUGGUUCUGAUUGUUUAGAUGAGUGCUUCAAAGGGAUAUACAGGGCCUAUGUUUUAAACUGCCAGUUUGUCAAUGCUGUGAAAUUACAACAUAUUCAGUUUCUUGGGAAUUGUGUCAUUGAACUUCUCGGGGUGGACCUACCAAUUGCAUAUCAACAUGCUUUUGUUUUCAUUCGGCAAUUGGGAAUGAUCUUACGGGAAGCUCUUAAUAUGAGAACUAAGGAAGCAUUCCGAAAGGUUUAUGAAUGGAAAUUCAUAAACUGCCUUGAGCUUUGGACCGGAGCUGUCUGUGCCUAUGGUUCAGAGGCUGAUUUUAGGCCACUCGCUUAUCCACUGACUCAAAUAAUUUCUGGAGUUGCUCGUUUGGUUCCAACUGCUCGAUACUUCCCCCUUAGAUUGCGGUGUGCUAGAAUGCUAAAUCGAAUUGCUUCUUCUACUGGUACUUUUAUACCUGUUUCUCUACUCCUUUUAGACAUGCUGGAGAUGAAAGAAUUGAAUAAGCCCCCCACUGGAGGAGCUGGCAAAGCUGUUAAUUUGCAAUCUGUACUGAAGGUGAGCAAACCAACCCUAAAGACACGAGCAUUUCAGGAGGCAUGUGUGUUUUCUGUGGUUGAAGAGCUUGCUGAACAUUUAGCUCAAUGGAGCUAUUCUGUUGCUUUCUUGGAGUUAUCUUUUAUUCCAGCUGUGCGAUUACGUAGUUUUUGCAAAGCUACUAAAAUUGAGAGGUUCCGGCGAGAAAUGAGACAGCUAAUUCAUAAUAUUCAGGCCAAUUCUGAAUUUACAAAUGAAAGGCGUAUGUGUAUUUCUUUUCUUCCAAAUGAUCCUGCUGCAACAACUUUUCUUGAGGCUGAGAAAAAGUCAGGAGCAAGCCCUCUAUCACAGUAUGUUGCAACUCUACACCAAAGAGCACAGCAAAGGAAUGACUCAUUGAUGGGAUCCAGUGUUCUUGUGGGUUCUCGCUCCUCCAUAUUUGGAAAUAAGAUGUCCGAACAUGAUGAAGAUGAUACCGUGAAUGAGGAUGGUGCUGCUGUCUUUAAUUCUUCUUGGUUUCCUGGAAGUGAUUCCAAGGCUAAGCUAUCAAAAGAGGGGAAAAAGAAGAAAAAGAAGAAGAUUCAGGAGAAGCAGGAAGAGGCAAUCACAGAUGAUGUUGUGGAGGACCUUAUCCUUAGUUCAGAUGAGGAUGGAUCAUUAGAUGACACUUCUUCUGCCGGGGAAGAAGAUGAGGAAGCAAAAUCAGUGCCCUCAAAACAGCAGCGCAAGAAGCAAUCUACCAUUGACAUGCCCUCUUCAGGGAACAAAGAUAAAGCAAAACCAACACUUCCAAUGAAGAAGAGCAAGAAGCGGAAACCAUCUACAGGAGUGUCAAAAAAGGAUAUACAUAUUCAUAAAAAGUCAAAGAAGAGGAAGAAAACUAAUUGAUAAGGCACAUGAGAAGGUACAUGAGUAAACGUGUUGUCAGUUUGAUCUUUUCAUUACUAAUUUUUCAUUUUUGCAUUUGUUUCUUCCUAGGAAUUUUUUCAAAAUAGUCUUUGUCUGAAUUUUUCUAUAAGCCGGUUUUAUGGAGGAGCUUUUGGUAGCUUACCCAAAAUUUUGUAUGAGAUGUUCAAACAUGGAUUUCUUCCACCGUUGACCUUUAAAACUUAGGUUGAGUUUGGUAGGUAGGAAUAGGAAUGAGAAUGGAUGUGAAUCACUAUACCAUGUUGAGGAAAGGAAUCAAAAUGCUGAUAACAUUAGGAUUUGGUUUUCAUGAGAAUGAAUUUUUUCUUCUUAUCUGGAUUUUUAGUUAGUGAAUCAAAUGUGGUGAUGAAUGAGAAAGAAGAUAGUAGCCCAUUCUCAUU